AUGUCUGCUAAUCGAAGGCCCGUCCUCUUCCAAGAGAGUACCAUUUCGAAGAGGCCAGCACAUCUUAAUCCGAGCAGAGUGAAAGAGUUUCACGGCCGUCUUCCAAAUUAUGCACCAACCAGACUCAUAGAUCUACCUGGCUUGGCUCGAGAACUCAACGUGAAGAAUGUACUGGUUAAAGACGAGAGUAGUCGGUUUGGUCUUCCGUCGUUCAAGAUACUGGGAGCGUCAUGGGGCACCUUCACCGCGAUACGAUCAGUAUUGAAUCUUCCGGAAGACUCUAGCCUUGAAUAUGUGUCAAAAGAGGCGGCAAAAUGCAAUUUGAAGCUUUUUGCUGCUACAGAUGGUAAUCAUGGACGAGCAGUGGCACGCAUGGCCCAACUGCUAUCAUUACAAGCAUGCGUCUAUGUCCCAUUAAACAUAGAAAACCAUGCGAAGCAGUUGAUAUGCAAUGAAGGAGCUCGAAUAAUUAUAUAUGACGGUGAUUACGACGGUGCAGUACAAGCAGCUGCGAAAGCAGCCAAGGCUACCACAAAUGGAGUUCUCAUUCAAGAUACCUCUUUCCCGGGGUAUGAGAAUAUUCCAGCUGCUAUCACACAAGGUUAUUCAACAAUAUUUGAAGAGAUUGACCACGACUUGCAACUUCUCGGACUGAGCGGCAGCGUCGUCGUAAGCCCAGUAGGCGUCGGGUCGCUAGCCCAUGCGUGUGUACAGCAUUAUAAGACAUCAAGUACAACUGAUGCGACAAAAGUUGUCACCGUGGAGCCAGACACAGCUGCUUGCUUCUACAAGAGCUUCCAAACUAAGAAUGCAGAAAAGAUAUCAACCUCAAACACCAUUAUGACUGGAAUGAACUGUGGGACGGUGUCUCAUGCCGCAUGGCAAGAUCUAAUUCACCUUGUUGACGCGAGUUUGACAGUUUCAGAUUAUGAAGUUCACCGAGCUGUUCAAUAUCUAAGGUUCCACGGUGUAUCUUCCGGCCCAUGCGGUGCCACUGGAGUGGCAGCGUUGCGACGUCUAAAUCUGGAGGACCGGGCAAAGCUUGGGCUCAAUCUUGAAUCGGUAAUUGUCCUUUUGAAUACCGAGGGCGAGCGUCCAUAUAACUUUCCCCUCGAUGUUUCAACCGAUGAUCCCGUAGAAUUGACUCGUUUACUGACCCGAAUCGAGUCAACCAAUCCUACUCUGUCGUCUUCUAAAGGUACUGGCGAAACCCAGAUAGCGAAUUUCAUUGAAGCCUGGUUACAGCACAGGGAUAUAGAAACCCGCCGUUUUGAAUCGACCCCGGGUCGUCCUUCAGUUGUUGGAAUUGCCUCAGGGCGAGGGGGAGGCUCGAACCUGAUGCUUAAUGGUCAUAUGGAUACUGUCGGCCUAUCGAGUUAUUCCUUAAGGCCAUUAAGCGGUGAUCUCGUUAUUAGAGAUGGUCGAGAAGUAAUAACCGGCAGGGGGUGCCUUGACAUGAAAUCUGGGCUGGCCGCCGCCAUGACCGCCCUCUUAAAGGCUUCCAGAUUGACUCUGAAGGGAAGCGUCAUUUUGGCCGCUGUCGCUGACGAGGAAGAUCGGUCUAAGGGUACCGAGGAGGUUCUUGCCGCCGGACUGCGUGUUGAUGGAGCUAUUGUGAUGGAAUGCACGAUGUUGCCACUCGGCGCACUCGGUACAGGGCACAAAGGGUUUUUAUGGCUGGAGAUAGAAGUGCUCGGCCAUGCCGCUCAUGGGUCAGAUACCGCAAAUGGAGUGGACGCCAUCCUCAAUACUGGUUUGUUGUUAAAGGCGUUACGCGGCUACAGCAAAACACUUCCAUCUGAUGAGUUUCUUGGGCCAGCAUCGCUCCACUGUGGGAUAAUCAAAGGGGGUCUAGAGCUUUCCACGUAUCCGGAGACCUGCAGUCUUCAAAUCGAGUUUCGCACUGUGCCUGGACAAAGCGUUGAAUCUAUAACCAUAGACAUAGAUCGCUUGUUGGCAGAAAUUGCAGAGAAAGAGCCACAGUUCAGAUUUAACAGGCCUCGCGUGGCUUUCUCUCGGCCGGCUUACAAGCUGGAUAGUGGGCACCCCUUCGAGCGCUUAGCCGUAAAAGCAGCCCAAACCGCCUGUGAGGAAAUCGUGACCCCUACAGGACUCGCAUUCUGGUGCGAUGCAGCGUUACUCGCUGCAAAUGGGAUUCCCACAGUUGUCUUUGGUCCGAUCGGCCAAGGGGCUCACGGUGCUGAGGAGUGGGUGGAUGUGGAGAGUAUUCGUAAGACCGAAAAGAUGAUUAAUUCACUGGUGGCUGAGUUUUGUGGAUAA